AUGGUGUCAAUUAGUCUCGUAUUGUCGAAAUUGUCUUCUUAUUUGGUCUUGAAGAUUUUAGUAUUAUCGUAGUGUUAAAGUAUUGAAAUAUCGACUGUCUUAACAAUAGAAUCAGUGAGUUAAAGAACAGUACAAUUUUCAAGUUGACAUUUUUUUAAUAAAUAGUCUCUUUUUAUUAUUGCAUUAUUUUCUUUUAAUUUUUGCAACUAAAAGUACAAUCGUCCAGAUUUUAUCUCUUUUUGAAUUUGCAUUGCUCUUCAGCUCAACAAUUCAAUCAAAUUUCCGACUUCCACAAAACUUCGUCACUGUGCUGGCAAUAUUAUAUAAAAACAUACAAUUACAUUUAUUUUAUUUGUUGAAUUAUCAUUUUAAAAUCUAUUUAAUCUUAUUUGAAAGAAUGUAUUUGUUUCGUUGACGUGCAUUUACGUGUUUUUCAAUAAGUUUUGUUGUAAAAGUCCUACAGCCCUUCAGUAUCGUAUAUUAAGUAUAAUUUACAGUGCAAUAUCAAAUGUGAUUAUUUACUUAAGAAGAUUGUUGUACGAUUUAAUUUACGCAAUAAGCAGUCAUAUAUAGAAAGAAAUGUUCAUACCAAAGCGCAAGUCAAACGCGAGUGAAGCGAAAAAACCCUACGAAUGCGUCCUGUCAGUCUUAAGUGGUAUACAAUAAGUCCAAUAGAAUGUUGUAAGAAAUCUAUGAUUAAGAUCGAUAUACGUUAGAUCCUAGGUUUAUCAUAAAUGAUAUAAUUUUUCUAUGCUAUAGUAGAUAGAAAGCGUAACACCGAGUACUAGGUCGUUCAAAUUUUUUGACUUGAAAUUUAAACGAUAUACGAAACAAAUCAUCAAAAGACUCGCCUGA